GUCUUCCAAAAAGGCGGUUUGUUCCGGAGCGAUAUGUUGGUUGGAACCGCUGAUUGCAAAUUAAGCGAUCUGGAAGAAAAAGCCCAUAUCCAUGAAUGCGUAGAUUUGAUGGAGGGCAGGAAGCAGGCUGGAGGAAAAUUGGAAUAUCGGGUCCGAAUUCGUGAGCCUUUGGGUGAAAAGAAGCUGAAUCUAAAGCAAGAGAAAUGGUUGCUGUUGGAGACAUAA